CCGCGCUGCCUGCUCGACCUCUGUUUGCAGGACACGCCCAACAUGUAAUGCAAACGUACGAUGUCGAACUCAGAAGUAGAGAAGCAGAUAAACAUGGCCGGCUCGGCGGCUGUGGCGUGUGUUGCGUGUCGACGACUGAAGAUGCGAUGCAUCGGCUUGGAAUCUGGAUGCUGCGAUCGCUGUGCCAAAGCUAAGCGAGAAUGCACCGUGCUUCCUUCACGCCGUGGCUGCCAACAGCGCAGGUCUUCCGCGAGACAACGCCAUGGGGCAGUGUCUUCGAGAGUGAACGGCACACCACACCACGCUUCUUCUGCCACCUCAAUCAACAGCAACAAUGGACGGCACGCUAGUUCCUCCUCAAUCGGCCUGUCGCGUGCGGACUCUGGUCAUACAGCUUCCCGUACCACUGGCAUGCUCUUGGUGAUAGGCUCGCCUGGUCGGAGCCCCUCCAAGAGCCACGCACCUCAGAGCCAUGAAAUCUCGUACAGCAAAGACACCAAUCUUCGCAAACAAUCGAGCGACGUAUUGUCUGACUCAGCACUCGAAAGUCUGGUUCGUUUCUUCAGCCAAGGACUGAUCUACUUUGUGCCGAUCCUGGAAAUCACAGACCUUGACGAUGUGCCAUUCUUGAUGACACAUUGUAGGCCUUUGGUAUACUGUGCGGCAUUGAUCGCAGCCAAGUUCGCGCCCGGAGCAGGCCACUUGUAUGACCAAAUCGUGCCGUAUGUCCAUCAUUUUUUACGCUCGCUUGAGGGACCACUUGCGCAAGAUGAGGAAGUCAUCUGGAUGCAACUCCAAGCCUACGCAAUUCUCUACGCCAACGGGACUGCUGCCGACAUUUCACAUCCAAAACCCGAAACAGAAGAUACGAGACGACUCAAUCACUGGGUACUGAAAGCCUCCAUUGAGACGUUUGCUUUGCGUCUCAGCUUACACCAGUCUUUCAGCGAAGUGAGAAGACUGGUCCAAGAUGGAGCACUCCACAUCGACCAGACAUUCGCGUUCAGGAAGUACGUCUACUGGCUAUGGCUCUUCACCUUGAGUCAUCACUUCAGCUUAGUGACCGAGUCUCCCCCAUCCAUACGAGCGGACUACAGCAUCCGAACAGCCUGCUUCCUCCUCUCACAAGUUGAGAAACCAGGAAGGAUCACACGAAUGCUAGCAGAAGUCGAUCUCUGCAUGCUCUGGAACGCAGCAGGCCAGUCCCUCCCAGGUCUUGACGAAUGGUGGUGUCCACCUCCCCAAGACCAAGACCCAGAACAAGCAUCCCGAGUCCUCGACGACGCAGACGCAGCUCUCGAUGUCUGGAGCCAAAGAUGGGGUGUCCACGGCGAACCCAACGCCACUUACCCAGGCCUAGACGUGAACAACAACGGAGUCGUCCUUUUCCACUACCUCGCUACGAGAUUCUGGCUCAGAGUCUUCUCCAUCCGAGUCAUACGAAGCUCAAGACUCACAGCCAACUCCGCAUUCCCACAAAACCAAUCCCUCCGCCAACUCAACGUCAGCCUGACCCUGAAAUCCGCCGAAGCCGCCGAGAAAAUGUGCAGAUGUGUCCUCGAAAUCCCAGUCCACAUGCGAGAUUCGGCGAAACAUAUGGCCGAUUUUGGCUUUGCGCUGGUGGCUUUUUGCGGGAUUUAUAUUUUGAGGAUUUAUGAGCUUUUCGGUGCGGCCUUCCCCGUGCUGGAAUCGCACGUCAAGACUGUGGAGGAGACGGGGAGAGUGCUGACGGAGAUGUCGGUGGGGAUUAAUCAUGUUCCGAUUAUUUAUGGAAAGAGGGUGCUUGAGAGGUUGGAGGAAGUUAAAAGAUCUUUGGCCAUGCAGGUUGUGGAUCCGAGUCUGGGGAUGCGGACUGCUCAAGACGUGGAUUUGCGGUGGAUUGAUGGGUUCUUUGCGAGGGUGUGAGCCCGCUUCUAAAGACUGUCUGGUGUCUUUGAUAUGUUUAAUGGAUGGCGACAUCGAUGGUCGAUCCUGGGUUCAUUGCUGUGGCGAGGGCCAGGAUGCAGUCGAUGGAGAUAUGUGGAUGUGAUGAUUCGCAACGUGAGCCGCUGUAAUUGUAUGUAAAAUAGGAGCUUGAGUAGUUCGACAAGAUUUCAUUAUAAUGCC